CUGGAGCCAACAGCCGCUCGGUAAUUGAUUCCACACUGGUGGAGUCCAGUCGGACUGAUACCGCUGCUGCCUCGCCCCCUCCUCUUCCUCCUCCUCCUCUUCUUCUUCUUCACCGUGUCAGCACCUCCACUCCGACCCGGACCCGCCGAUCUCUCACUCAUCAACCAGCCUCGCCACAAUGGCAGCGCAGCAGCCGCGGAGCAUGGUCCGGGAAGCGUCUCACCAGAUCAUCGCGGGAGGAUCCGCAGGUCUUGUGGAAAUCUGCCUGAUGCAUCCUCUCGACGUCGUGAAGACGAGGUUCCAGAUCCAGAGGGGCAGCAGCGACCCCAACAGCUACAAGAGUCUGGCCGACUGCUUCAGAACCAUCUUCCGCAGAGAGGGGAUCUUUGGCUUCUACAAGGGAAUUUUGCCUCCCAUUCUGGCCGAGACACCAAAGAGAGCAGUCAAGUUUUUCACCUUUGAGCAGUACAAGAAGUUGUUGAACCUGACACCUCUGUCCCCGGGACUGGCUCUGUCUGCGGCUGGACUGGGCGCCGGCCUGACCGAGGCCGUGGUGGUCAAUCCCUUCGAGGUGGUCAAAGUCAGCCUGCAGGCCAACAGGGACUCCUUCAAAGAGCAACCCUCGUCGUUCGCUCAAGCCCGACGCAUCAUCAAGACAGACGGGUUCGGACGGCGCGGCCUGAACAAAGGACUGACCUCGACGCUGGGGCGCCACGGCGUCUUCAACAUGAUCUACUUUGGCUUCUACUUCAACGUGAAGGACGCCAUCCCCAGCAGCCCAGAUCCAACUCUGGAGUUUUUAAGAAAGUUCACCAUCGGCCUGGUGUCCGGGACCAUCUCCUCCUGCGUCAACAUCCCGUUCGACGUGGCCAAGAGCCGAAUCCAGGGACCCCAGCCCGUGCCCGGGGAGAUCAAGUACCGCACCUGCUUCCAGACCAUGGCACUGGUGUACCGGGAGGAAGGGUACCUGGCGCUGUACAAAGGUCUGGUCCCCAAAAUCAUGAGGCUUGGACCAGGAGGAGCCGUGAUGCUGCUGGUCUAUGAAUACGUGUCUAAGUGGCUCCAGAAGAACUGGUAAGAGCAGUGGUCCGUGGAGUGGAGCCGGUGCAGUGCCUUGAAAACCUUUCUACGCCUUCAUAAAUCCCAGUAUUAAUCCUGUAAACAGACUUCAGUCAUUCCUGUCAGCCAUGUGUUGUUUUCUGGAGAAGAGCCUCUGGAUGAAGUCCUCAUGACACACACACACACACACACACACACACACACACACACACACACACACACACACACACACACACACACACACACACACACACACACACACACUCUCAGCAGGGUGUCGUCUGCGCCGCGCGACGUGAACCUUGAUCCCGUGCGCCGCUGAUGCCGGUGCCCACGUCCCAGUGCUCAUCCUCGACUGUGAAGUCUUUUAACGGUUCCACAUUUGUAUUGGUUUUUUAAAGACAUGUAGAAGUGUGUGGUGAAUAUUAAAAGAAAGUGGAAGACGGA